AUGUCCACCUUGGCAGUAGAGAAGUUGGUCCAUAAGGGGUGUGAUGCCUAUCUCGCAUACAUCUUGGACCCAAAAGUGGAUAGUGCUGCAUUGCAGAACAUUCGUGUAGUGAAGGAAUUUCUUGAUGUUUUUUCUAAGGAGUUGCCACGUCUACCUCCUAAACGUGAGGUCGAUUUUGGAAUUGAGUUACUACCUAAGGCAACACUGGUGUCCACUUCACCCUAUCGCAUGUUACCUAAGGAACUUAAGGCUAAGUUACAAGAAUUGUUGGAUUGUGGCUUCAUAAGGCCAAUUUUGACUCAAGCACCAGUCUUGAUUCAACCUGAGUCUGGGAAAGAUUACGUGGUUUAUAGUGAUGCAUCCCAUUCUGGUCUUGGAUACGUGUUGAUGCAAGGUAGGAAGGGACACUAUCUUUAUGGGGAGAGAUGUGUCAUCUAUGCAGACCAUAAGAGUCUUAAAUAUCUCCUCACCCAAAAGGAGUUGAACUUAAGACAGAGGCUUUGGAUCAAACUUCUGAAAGAUUAUGACUGUACUAUCGAGUACCAUUCGAGUAGGGCUAAUGCUGUGGCAGAUGCGUUGAGUAAGAAGUCUAUGUUAGAGUUGAGGGAAAUGUUUGCUAAGUUGAGUUUAUAUGAUAAUUUUGGUUUGCUUGCGAAGUUACAAGUGCGAACUUUGAUUAAGGAGAUUAAGCUGAAAUUCUGUGUGCCUUCUGAUUUGGAGUUGAGGCAAUCUAUACUUCGGGAAGCGCAUAGUAGUUCCUAUGCUAUGCAUCCUAGAGGUAGUAAGAUGUAUAGAGAUCUUUGUGCGCAGUAUUGGUGGUUGGGAAUGAAACAUGAUGUGGCAGACUUUGUGGCUAGAUGUUUGACAUGCCAACAAGUCAAGGUUGAACACCAAUUUCCUUUGUGUUUCCUCCAGUCUAUUCAAGUACCUCAGAGGAAGUGA